AUGGAAUCACCAAAACCCAGAACCAAGAAAGAUUAUCGAAAGUUGAAGGAGGCUGUCUUUAACUUUCGAGAUAACAAAAUCUCCAAGAGCCAACUGACUGCUGUUGCUGAAAACAGCGCGCCCAUUGAUAAUGAUACUCCAACAUUACCCAUCUCAUCCCUAAGACUUCACGAGGUAGAGCCUCUCUUCGGACUAAAAUUCACCAAAGAAAAUGACGAGCUUCGAAAUCAACCCUCUCUAGCACUCACAGAGCCUUAUGUAACAAUGAUUGAUCACAUUCAACGCGCUUUCUCCUCCAGCAAAACAAACAAGACUGUUAUGCGCUUCACUCUGAACUACUUGCUUGUUUUCGCGUACAAUUACACGACCUCUCAUUCUAAUCAAAAAAACCUGCAGCUCCAGGUUGAAACUCAAUGGAGCUACGGCCCUGUGACCUUCGAGGGCGUGAGGUACAACAUGGGUGGGAAACCUGCUUAUUGUUUAUGCUAUGGCCAGAAAGAGGAUGUAGCAGUUGGUGUGGUGAUAGUCGAAGUGAAGCAAGCAGAAUCUGCCUCCAGUGGACUAGCCCAAACACUAGCUUACAUGGGGUGUGUGCAUCAAUACCGCAAGAAAGCUGGUAAAGUAGACACCACUGUGUACGGCAUUGCAACGGAUACUACCAACUUCAUCUUUCUGAAGAUUAACAAUAACUCCGAGUGGUCUCAGCACUGGGUUACUGCUCGUCUCAAUGACUUUGAACAGGUUGUGGGGAUACUUGUCUUCUUCUUCCGGGAGGCAAGUAUGAUGUCCCCCUCGCACUCCAAGCGUCCUGCACUACCUGACAAGAGUUACUCAUGUGGAAGCUCUGGAUUAUCCCGCAUUGAGAUCCGCCAAUGA